UGCGCGUGGAGGAGGAUGACGGGAAACAGGAAGCGCUGGAAGCAGAAGAAGCGUUUAUAAUGAGAGCUCCGCUGCUGCGCUCCUCGCUCGGCUACCUGCUGACAGGUUUCGGCUCUUUCUCUCGGAACAAAGCGGUCACACAAGCAGCACCUCCGCCUCUUCUGAGUUAUCUGAGAAAAACGAUGCACUAUCAAACGGAGCAGAGAGGACACCAGAACUCCUCUGACUACCGGCUUUACUUUAAAACCUCAGAAGGGAAAUACAUUUCUCCGUUCCAUGAUAUUCCACUGAUAGCAGAGACAGAACAGGACAGUAAUGUGCCAGCUAAAAAAACCAAGAGGAAUGAGAGUGAGGUGCUCUAUAACAUGAUUGUUGAGGUUCCUCGAUGGUCAAACGCUAAGAUGGAGAUCGCAACAAAGGAACCGCUGAAUCCGAUCAAACAAGAUGUAAAGAAAGGAAAACUCCGAUACGUCGCCAACAUAUUUCCCCAUAAAGGUUACAUUUGGAACUAUGGAGCUCUCCCACAGACGUGGGAGGACCCAAACCACCAAGACAAAGACACCAAGUGUUGUGGUGACAAUGAUCCUAUUGAUGUCUGUGACAUCGGCACCCAGGUUUGUUCUCCGGGUCAGGUGAUCCAAGUAAAGGUGCUCGGCAUCUUGGCCAUGAUCGAUGAGGGAGAAAUGGACUGGAAGGUCAUCGCUAUCAAUACUCAGGACCCGGAUGCAAAAAACCUAAAUAGCAUAGACGACGUCCGCAAGAGCCGACCAGGUCACUUAGAAGCCACUGUUGAGUGGUUCAGGAAAUACAAAGUGCCUGAUGGAAAGCCUGAGAAUCAAUUUGGAUUCAACGGACAAUUCAAAGACAAGGAUUUUGCAGUCGAGAUCAUUAAGUCCACCCAUGAGCACUGGAGGGCACUAGUGCAAAAGCAAACGAACCCUGGAGGGAUUGAAUGCAAAAAUCUCUCUUGCUGCGACAGCCCUUUCAAAUGCAGCACUGACGAGGCCACAGAUAUAGUCCAGUCGGCCCCUGCAUGUGGCAGUGCACAUCCUGGGUCACCAGAGGUGGACAAGUGGCAUUUUGUCUGAAGCCCCCAAAACAACAUGGAAAUUGCCAACACGUAUUAACAUCUGAUCAAGGAGCACCAGUUCUGAGGGAUCUUUUUUAUGCAGCUGGAUUUAUUUUUUUCUACGCACUCCGUCUCAGCUGCACAUAGUGCCAUCUACAUUUGAUAAUUUGUUGAAGAAUGAGCCAGUAAAGAUAUGUAGUGUUGUAAUGCUCGGUAAAGAACCAAAAAUGCGUUGUAUUUUUGUGUGAUGUUGGACCACAGAUUUAUUGUUGGUAAAAUCAAUUAUAAUUCAGAGAUUAGUUGCAGAAACAACUGGUCUCAUUUCUAUUGCCUUGUAAAUGACACUGUAUUGUAUGUUUGGCGUAUUUUUAUGACUAAUGUCGAAGUCCAGCAAUGCAUAAGACUGAAAGUAAGAUUCUGAUUUACCUUUAAAACUGUAAUCAGUGUCCAACACAACUCAGUUUGUUUGUAACAAUUUGGGUAAAUAAAAGGGGGAAAAAGAUGA